CCCAGUGAUGUAGCGCGGUGUAGAAAAUGGCCGGUCGUACAUCCAUAACGUCGAUUGUGGUGCGAAUUAUAUUUCGCACCGUUAAUCUAUUAACAUUGCUAUUAUUUAAAUUAAUUUACAGGGGAAAGAAGGAAGAAAUUCCACCCAUAACGGACCUCAAUCUUCUAGAACCCGCUGUUAGUUUGGCUACUAAAAUACGAAGCAAAAAACUAAGGGCCACCGACUUAAUACAAUCGUACAUAAAUCGAAUAAAAGAAGUACAGCCUAUAAUAAAUGCUGUGGCUGACAACAGAUUUGUCGAGGCAAUGGAAGAAGCUAGGAAAGUUGAUGAAUUGAUCCAUUCUGGCCAAAAGACUGAGAAAGAAUUAGCAGAAGAGAAGCCAUUUCUUGGAGUUCCUUUCACUUUAAAGCAUUCAAUUGCGGUUAAAGGAAUGUCGUUUACUUCCGGAUUUGUGCCCAGGAAAGAUAUUAAAGCGACAGAAGAUGCGGGAAUCGUCACACUAUUGAAGAAUGCUGGGGCCAUACCUUUAAUAAACACAAACACUAGCCAAUUGUGUAUGUGGUGGGAGUCUUCUAACAACUUGUAUGGAACAACAAACAACCCUUACGACACUAGUCGAACCGUAGGUGGAAGCUCGGGUGGCGAGGGGGCAAUAAUUGCAUCAGCCGCAUCCGUUAUAGGUGUAGGUUCCGAUAUCGUAGGUAGUAUUCGAAUACCAUCGUUUUAUAAUGGGAUAUUCGGCCAUAAACCUUCGAAAGGUAUUACUCCACUGACUGGUAAAUUUCCUGUUGGAGAAGGAGAUCUGUGCGAUUUCUUAUCGACUGGACCUAUGUGUAGAUAUGCAACUGAUUUAUUGCCAUUGAUGAAAAUAAUGGCUGGGAGUAAUAUUUCAAGAUUAAAGUUAGAUACACGGGUGGAUUUAAAGGACGUGAAAUUUUAUUACGUGGAAGAAUUAUGUAGACCUUUCUUACAACCUCUAACUACAGAUAUGAAAGAGGCGCAGAAGAAGGUAAUAAAUUAUUUAGAAUUCUCCCACAAGAUCAAACCCACGAAAAUUAAAUUAGAAAAGAUGAAUUACGCUGUAGAAAUGUGGACACAGAAAGCAAAAAGUGCGAAAGCUCCGACAUUUUCGAGUGAAUUGGCUUGUAGGAAAGGAGAAAUUAAUUUAUUUUUCGAGUUUUUAAAGUGGUUCCUCCUGUGUUCGAAUAACACCCUUCCAGCUCUGAGUUUGGCCCUGUACGAAAAGUUGACACCGGAAGUGGAUUCCGAAGGUCAUUCUUACUACAUGAGCAUGUUUACGGACAUCAAAAACGAAUUAAAGGACCUACUAGAAGAGAAUUGCGUGCUUAUAAUGCCAAGUUUUCCAGAACCCGCACCUUAUCAUUUUCACUCCAUACUAAAGCCUAUGGGUAUCUAUUAUACUUGUCUGUUUAAUGCAUUGGGUUUGCCUGUUACGCAGUGUCCACUAGGCUUGAACAAUAGGGGUUUACCUUUGGGAGUACAAAUUGUUUCUGGUAUGUACAACGAUCAUCUAAGUAUAGCAGUUGCUGUCGAUUUAGAGAAGGCAUUCGGUGGUUGGGUGAGUCCUAGUCCAAUAUUAUGAAUACCACCGCGGAAAACUACGUUUAAACUUUGAAAAUAUGAGAAAUUUUUUAAUUAAAAAA